AUGCGCCGCAUACAGCAGCUGUCGCAGCAUGUUUUGCCGAGCAGUGCAGCCGCGCCGUCUGCGCCCGCGGACUUGCCGGAAGUCAAAUCUCUCGCACGUCGUGACCGCACCCGGCGGGACACUACCUCAAGACAGAGAUCACAGUUCAGUCCUCUCGAGUGGGAGGCUCGUUGUAAGCUGGCCAUCGCGUACCGACUCUCUGCCCACUAUGGCUGGGACGAGCUUGUGUUCAACCACAUCACGUUGAAGGUGCCGGAAAGUGAUCGCUUGCCCGGCGGACCGCACUUUCUGAUCAACCCCUUCGGCUUGCGCUUUGAUGAGAUCACAGCUAGCUCUUUGUUGAAGGUGGACCUGGACGGAAAUAUAGUGGACAAAGGCACGAACCAAGGGCCACUCUUCAAGCAGGGAUUCGUAGUCCACUCAGCUGUGCACGCUGCCCGUCCGGACAUCACCUGCGUCUGGCACUGCCAUCAUUCCGACACAGUUGCAGUAUUGACCACUAAAGCCGGUUUCCUGCCCUUGACGCAAGAAGCUAUAUCUCAGUGGGGGGAAUUCUCCUACCACCCAUUCGAGGGGAAUGCGGUCGACUUGGACGAGCGGGAGAGUGCCUGGUGCUGA